AUGCGAGAGGAAAUAGCCGCGGCAGUCGUGUUUGUGACACGACUUAUUCGACAAAAUGGUAGCAUUUCGAAGGGCAAGGUAGACGACUUUUCUAAUUGUUUAUCCGCCAUUUUGGUAGAAAAAUUCCAGAAUCAUUGGUAUAGAGAUCGGCCGGCUAAGGGACAGGGAUUCAGAUGUAUCCGAAUAAAUCCCUCAGAACCGAUUGAUCCAGUUCUGGAAAAGGCUGCUAGCGACGCCGGAUUGGAAUGUACAGAAUUACUGUUACCAGUAGAAAUGACACUCUGGGUCGACCCUGAGGAUGUUUGUUGCAG